AUGGACCUUGCUACCAAGGAUUAUACAGUAAAAGUAACAAAAACAAAUGACAUCUUUUCAGAAAGUACUACUUCAACACUUACAUCUGAAGAAAAUGAAAGUCACUUUGAAGAUCACAUUUUAUCCUCAGAUGAAAAACUAUGCUCAGGGACCAGUGAGAGAGAUUAUCAAGUAAACUGCUUUUGCAAAAGUCGCAUGCCAUUUCCAGGUGGUGCCAGCUCAUCUUUGUCACUGUUUAAUUCAGAAGUAAAGGAGAAAUUUCAGAACCAUAGAGAAUAUUCAGAAAAUGAAUAUGAACAAAACCAUUUUUCUUCAAAGGCAUUAUUUUCCAUAAUGAAAACCAACAAAAAUAAGAAACCAGAGUUUUCUUCUGAUCUUAGUUUAUCAAAAACUUCUAAAUCCAGCAUAGAAAAUGAGGAUCUCAAUGUGGCACCAUUCCCUCCUGCCCACUUAGUUCUCUCUAGACACCAAGUUAGACUUCUGGAGGAAAAUGUGAGACAUCGAAUUUCUUUAAAACCCAAAUUUAUACUACAGACUAAACAUCAUUAUGUAUACCCAAGAUCUCAGGAGAACUUUGAACAUUCUCUUGAACUAGAAUCACGAAAUUCUUUUCCAGAACAAAGCGCUAUUCAGAAUCAAGGGUUUUAUGAUGCCCGAUUUGCUAGUCAAGCCCAACAAUUUAUUUAUAACCAAGAAUCAGUCAACGAUCGGCCUAAUAACCCGGUAAACUAUUUUUAUCAGCCUCAAGAUUUGCCGGUGAAACCAUUCUCCAACAGCACACAAGGCUCCUUUCAGACCCAAGACAUGAACAGGAGCCAACAUUCCAUCAAAGUUCCAUGCAUUAUUGAAAUAAGAGAUUUACUCAAAGGCGGAGAGGCUAAUGAAUACUUCGGUGAUGCCCAAAAUUCUGCUUGUUUUAAAGAUUCAAACAAGAUUAAAUGUCCCAUCAAGGAGCAAAAUACUGGCUUUCAGAAUGCUGAAUUUUCAGCCUUAAGUCCAAAAUCAGUUGCUAAAGAUAUGCCACAACUGAAGAAGAAAAUGCCAAAAGGCCAGGGAAAACUUGCUUCAUCUGAAUUAAGUCAGUAUUCUGUAUAUAGCGCAAUGCCUUGUAUGCCUACCGUUAAAGAGCAGAAAAACAGAAAAAAAUCAUCAUAUAAUAAAUGCAAACUCAGUGUUAAAGUUCCAUCUCUGAAAGCAAAGAAAACACCAACUUCAUGGGUGUCUCAAAUCAUAAUGUGUCACACUUCAAAAAAUAAGAAUGAGUUAGGAUGGAAACAUAACAUUGAAAAAGAAGAAUUACAUCUUAUGUCUGUCUCUAAGCUUAUUAUUCCGUACAUUGAAAAGCAUUCUAGAAAAAAUCUAGUGAAAGUCCUGCCAGAUGUAAUAAAAUGUGACUAUUUUGUAAAGAAACAAAAUAAGUCACCAGAUGUAGAGAAAACCAGUUACACGGGAAUGUCAGACAUUAUUGAAAAUUUAAAGCAAUAUGGCAGAGAAAAUACAGCACUACAAAAUACUUCAUCAAAAGUGUUACCUCAAUUCGGACACUCUUUCAUGAUCAAUGCUGAUAAACUAAAAGCACCUUAUUUCUUAUUAGCAGAAGUAAACAGGAAAAGCAAAAAACUUCCUGAAGUCCCUAUUGAGCAAGCAUUUCACCUGGAUAUUCUAAAGCAUGAGAUACCUUCCGAAGAAGCUAUGUCAGAAUCUCGACAGAAAUUUACCUCAUCUCUAGAAAUAAAAAUGAAGGAAGAUGUACAAAGUGCAGAGAACAGAGAAGAGCUACCAGCUAGUACACCAAACCUGCAAGGGGACUUCCCAAAAGAGACUGCACAGAAACAAGAAGAUUUACUGAAAAUUGUUCUGGAGUUCUCAGAUGUCAAUUUGCUUAUUUCCUUAAGACCCCCAAACCGUAAAAGCAGUGAAGAAUUACAAGGCAUAAAAGUGCAAGCAAAUACUGAAUGUGUAAAUCCAAAGAAAAGUAUACCAUUGUCUCCCAAUAUUACAACACAAAAUGGUAACCUAAUUGAACAUGAGGAGCUAGAAUUCAACACCAGAAGCAGUAUAAAAAAUAUGCAUCACACUAACAGCACAUCUGAUGCAUUUCAUGAUACCACAUAUGCUACCAUUUCACAAACACCCGAUACAGAAAUGCAUAGCAGGUCAAGCGACAGAAGGGGUACAUCAACAGUUAGACUUAGUAAUUCAGUGUUAAAACAAGAUGAACUAGAACAUGAAAAGGAAACAGAGAAAGAAAAAUGUAUUGAUGAAAGCCCUAUAGUUAAAGAACCACAAGACUGUGACAGAGAGGAAGACAAACAAAGAGCAGUUUCACCACUGUCACAAGACCUCAGGUUCAGCAUUGAUAAAAAGAAGAACAGUAAAUGUGUCAGAUUUAACAUGGAACCAAUCAGUUUAGGAAGCAAGUCGAUUCAAGAUAAAGAGCAACAAGUGUAUCCACAAAUUCCUUCUACACAAACUGCUUCAAGGGCUGUUCCAAGCCCUAUCACUGAUCAAUUGCAAGUAGAGAAAAUGAAGCAAAACCCAUCCAAACCCACCAGCAGAGAAAAUGCUAUUGAUCCUGUAUGUCCACUUAUGCCAGAGAACUUGCCGACUGGCAAAUAUUCAAUUGAAACAAGAGAGAACUGGGUCCCCUCUGGUGAAAACCUCAGAAAGAAAUUAGACAGUCGUAUGGCACAAGAGAAGGAAGAUUUAGAAAGGGAUUUAUCUUCAGUUGCCAUAGAAUCUUUUGAGACCAGAAAAAAAUGGUUAAGAACAAAAAAUUCACUCAUCAGACAAGUGAUUAGGAAAGUAAAGAAGCCUGCAAUUUCACAGAUGCUUUAUCUCAAUAGACGUGACACUUUUAGCCAUAGAAGAAAAUUGAGAAAUAAUGCUGAAAUUAUCAUUAAACAAAUGCUGCAAGAUAAAAGUUUGUCAGAUGCGCUUCUGAAUGCUUACCCUCACGUGUCUAUUUUGCCUGAUACUGGAAUGCAUACCAGAUUAAAUGCAGAGAAUUACUGUUAUAUUGAGUUAACACAAGGAAAACCCCAACUUGACAGUGAAGGAAAGCAUUUGCAUUCCUUUUGUGAGGAAAACACAUCCCCAAACACUCUGGAAGCUCGAUUACAAGAGGAAGUGAAAUUGGUAGAAGAAACUCAACCAAAAUUAGCCCCUCAUGAUAGUGGGAUCUUCAGAUAUGACUUGGCCACCAAAAUGAAAGAUAUCUAUCAAGGUAAAGAAGCAACAGAUGAAAUGUGCUCUUUAACAGACACCAAUACGAUUAGCCAGACAGAAACAGAAAAAGGAAUACCAAGAGAAACACGAUUCAUGUCUACACAAGGAAAGCAAGAAGGCAGUAUUACUUCAGACGACGUCCAAGAAAGCAACUUUCAAGAUGAAGAAGAAAGAGAACAGGAGAUGUUAUUAAAAGUAAUUCCACAGUCCAACCAACAUCUUGAAUUCUGUUCGGGUACAGGGAGAGAUCUGAACUUUUACGAACCAAAGAGCCAAGUAAGUAGGAAAAUUCUGUAUGUUCUAGAACAACCUGCCGAUCUGGUGCAAGGAGAGGAGCUGAGGAAAAGCAUCCAGGCACAAAAUGACACAAUCGGUACAGUAAUUGCAAAACUUCCCCCUCUGAAAUCAGAGGAAUCACUAACUGACGCAAUUUUAGUUGGUACAACAACAUAUGAUGCAUUGCCGAAUGAGAAUCAUUUGGCAGGUGUACUACACAAUUGGAAUGGAGAGGAAAAGGUAGAGUUUAGAAGUGACCUACAAACAACUAUUCUGGGAUCUAUGAAUCUCUUCAAAUCUGAUCUACCUGAAUCUACUAGGCAGAGAAAAACGUUUACUUGUAAAGCCUUAAAAAGCAAGAGUCCCACAUGCAUAAUUAUGAAGGUAAAAAAGCCAUCAAUUUCAAAGAUAUUUAAUAUUCCACAAUGUGGUUACCGCAAAUAUCUACCUCCAAAGACCUUAAAAUCACAAAUUGUUGAAUUUUUAACGUGCUCCAGAAUCCUAUCUGAUGGAUUUUAUAUGAUUGUACUGGAAGCAGAGAAACAAAAAGGAUUAGCACAAGAACUACCAGCAGUUUCAGAGUCUUUGACUUUCUCCCCCCAUAUUUCACCUGCACCUAAAAUAGAGAGAGGCAUUUUAGCACUUACGGACAAACGACCUAAAAUGAGUUCCAACUGUGUAGCUUUAAAGGCAAAGAAGGCACCAAUCUCCCAAAUGUUUAAUAUCAUAGGAUGCAGUACACCAAGCUACAGAAGGCCGUUAAAAUGCAGCUCCAAAACCAAGAUCAAACAAGGUAAAUUGGUGGGAGAUCUAUUUCUAAACGCCAUUUCCUCUGCCACACCUCAAGCUGAAACAAUGGAAAAGGACCCUCGUUCUAAGGAAGAAUUAAGCAGUGUAGCAAGUCUAAAGACUUUAUUGCCAAAAGCAGAAGAAUCAGAGAUUGGCUUAAUAUUAUGUGAUGCAUCUUGGGAUGGAAAUCUUGGAAGAAAAUGGGAUAGUACCAUUUCUGAAAAAAAGUCACAGAAUCAAAAGGACUUAACAGCUCUAAAACCUUUAAGUUUUUCCAGUCUUGUGUCAGCUGAAUCUAAAAGUGAGAGCUAUACAUUCGAACGUGUACGCAAAAAAUGUAGGAGGCCCAGGCAUAAAAUGUUGGGGGCAAAACAACAAAGAUAUCCUACAGGAGGCCAUAGAAAGAAAAAGCAACACAAAAUUAAGUACCAGGAGGGUGAGAAUCAGUGGUAUGCAGGUGUGAGAGAGUCAUUAUUCAGUGCCAUGGAAUAUUCCAGAAGUCCAUCAUCCAAACUGAUGAUGGAUAAACGAUCAUUUGAUACAACAACAAAAAGGGACACUCUACCUAAAAAAACUGUGAGUAAUCGUACUACAGUAGAAAAGGAAAAGGUACAAGAACACAUUGCCCCAAGUUGCUUGAGAUCUAUAGAUUUUUUUAUAUCUGUUUUGUCUAACUCCAAAAGCAAGGGAAAUACAAGACAAGUAUUGAAAAAUGAAAUUAUAGUGACUCUCAGAUGUUUAACUGGGAAGGAAAAGAAGCCAUCAGUUUCACAGAUACUUAAAACCAAUGGACACUUUAUCAUAAAACAUAAGAAGAAAUUCCAACUCAAUUUAAGAAGCAAAAUAAAAGCCAUGGGGCAAAUUAAAAAUGUGACGGACACAUUUCUGAAUACCACUGACUUCAUGUCAGAUUUCUCUGACAUGACAAGGCAAAAUCAAUUAAAACCAGAGAUAGCUAUGGAACAGUGGAGGCAUAGCUAUCCACAGUUUUCACAAGCAGCAUCACCAGUUGAAGGCCGAGCAGAAUAUUCUGAUUCCACGAACAAGGGUGAUACUUGCAACCCGUUAAAGGAAGUAAAACUACAUAAUGGAGAAAGUGGAGGGGAAAAGCAAAAACCAUUCAUAGAAACUGGUCCUUCCCACACGAGCAAUUUAACAGUAAAUGUACAGCUCAUAAAGGAAUCUGAACCUGACAAGUCAGAGGACAUGAUUUUAGGAGAGCCUUUUUUCUCUGAAAGCCAGAUUUGUGAAAUGAAUCCAGAAAUAAAUGUAAAAUUAGAAAACAACAAAAAUGUGCAAGUAACUGUCAAAGUUGGACUCUCAAAGGUGGAAAAAUCACGUGUUUGGGCAAAACACAGUGAGCCAACAAAUGAUGCUGCAUCUAGAAAAUAUGAUAAGAAAAAAAUGGACAACUCUGAUUUAAAAGAAAAAUUUCCAUACCAUUUGGCAGGAAUUGUAGAUUCUGUUGACAAGCAGUUAUCUGCUUCACAAGAAAUUAAAAAUUUGGCAGAUAACCUAAAAAUACCCGAAAUGUCAAGUGCUAAAGUUAUACCUUCACAAGUACAACAACCAACACUUUUAUGGUCGCAUAAUACUGUAGACCAUUCUACUGUAACCAUUAAUAAAAAGCAGAACUCUAAAGCUAGAAGCAUAAAAGUAGAGAAAAAUAAAGCUGAAUUAAAUGCCAAUGUAAUAUCAACACCUGCUUCUAUGCCUACUCUACAAAAUAUGAAAACAGAGCAAUCAUUUAGUAUAUCGGAUACAUACGAAAGACCUUCUAAAACCAGAAAUGCCAUAACCAAAACAAAAGUUGGAGAGAAAAAGGCAUAUAAAAAACAGGUUAUGUUUAACAGAACGCUACAGAAUAGUCAGCCAUUUGAGUUUAGAGUAGUACAAAUGAGAAACUCCGAAGCACCUUUAAUUAAUAGAGUAUUCCCCAAGAACAUUCCUUCUCAGAAAACAGAUAUUAAUUUAAUGGGUCAAAAUACAGAGUUAAAAGUUGGAAAACAGUUUAUUCCAGAGACUGUUCUUUUCUCUGAGAUUCAUCCUAUUCAAAAUGAAAAGCAAAAUGAAUUUAAAACAAAUCCCAAAAAUCUUGUCCCACAUAAGAAACAGCAAGAGUUCUAUAUCCCAGAAGCUAUCUGGAGUUCCACUUGUGCUUACAUUACUAUGCAUCCUAAAAUUAUAAUAUCUAAAGAUAAGGCAAAAACAGAUGAUGUGAAAAACCCUCUACCUAUCAGACAGAAAAAACGGAAGGCAAAGAAAAGACCAGUUUCUCAGUGGCUUGGAUUUGGUACUGGAAGCAAUAAAAAAGGACGAAGAGUUAGCACACAGCAGCCGAAGGCAGUUCUACUGAGUAAAAAUGUAGCAAAUCUAGUUCUUGAAGGUCAUUUUGACUCUGGAUGCCUUAGGUCUCAGUAUAAAACACUUGCAGAAAUAAAAAUGAAGCAAGAUAAGUUGAAAGAGGGGGAAAGCAUCCUCUUACAUCUAAAGAUGGAUAAACUACUAAAUGAAAGGCCUACGUCGUCCUCAGGAUGUGUCAAUGUAUCCAGAAUCAUUGAAAAACUGGAAGAAAAUGUGGGUCACCAAGACAUUUUAGCAGACAUUCUCCAAUGCUGUAUACAACCAUUACAAACUGGGUCACGACAAUCAAAAGCGCUUCAUCAUGACAGGUUAGAUUUACAAAGAAAGGUGCACUCUGAACCUGUUUCACAGAAAGAUGGAACCAGUCACAUUCUGGGAUCCAUAUCAUCUCCCCUACUGGGUCGAACUCACACUGGAAAGCCAAAGGAAGACGUGAAAGGAAAAAGCAUACAUCAAGAUGCAAAAUUCCUUAGCCUGCAAGUAAAUGAAGCAUCCUAUAGUUCAAGUAUACAGCACAUGCCCCCAAAUAUAGAGACACUACUCUUGCAUAUUAAAAAACAAGAGAAGAGGAAGAAAAAUAUUAGAAAAUAUAAAAGACUUGAAACAACCAUGGGCCUGAAAAUAACGGGGAAUCCUGAUGCAGAACAGUUUAUCAGCAAGUACAAGAACACUGGCAUACUCAAGCAAAAAGACAAACCAGAAUUGGAUGCUAGUGUAGGUACAUUGUGGACAGGGCAGAAGCCGUGCCCUGUGGACAGCACAUGCCACCAUGAUACAGGAAGAGCUGCUGUCAGGUCAGGUCCUCUGUACCCCCAAAAGACAAAAAUGAAGGUGAGGAAACUCCCUGUGUUCCAGCUGCUUUAUGUUACAGGAUAUGGAACCCGAAGCAACAAGAAGGAACCCAGAGGUAACAUUAAGGAAGGAAAGGAUGAAUCACAGCAAGGGAAAACAGUGACAGAUUUCCUGCUGAAUGAUGUUUACAACUGUGGUCAGUUUUCGUGUCAGGUUACAGCGGUUACAGAAGUAAAAGGGGAAAAGGACACACCACAAAAGGCAGCACAGGUUGUUCCACAGCUGAACCUGAAGACAUCACUCAGUGAAAAGAAAAGGUCAUCUACGCAGAUCAUUGAUAAGAGUGCUAGACCAGGCACCCUCAAGAAACUAGAGCAAUAUGACUCAGAUCAAAAAGAACUCCAGGUUAUUUCAUUAGACAUUUUCCCACGAUGUAGAGAUUACAUAAUGAUUAGCCCACAAAUAGAGAAACCUUUCCAUGUGAAAUCAAAAGUUGAUUUAGAGAGAGAUGUAGUAUAUAGUGGUAUAUUUCCAAAGAAGAUGGAAAUCAAUGGCAAGAUCCGUGAUACCACAAGAAUUAGAACAAAUGAAGAACUCACUAGGGAACCUUGUCAUUUAGAAAACAUAGGCGAGGUACCUAAGGAAGGAGAAAUGUAUAUUAGCAGAAAAAAUGUUUCAAAUCUAUUGGGAAGAGAAGGAUUAAAUGACACUGGUCUCUUCCUAAAUUCCAAAGACCAGAAAUCUCUAGGGGAUCUGCACGGAACAUGUCCAGAUUGGAGAGAACAUGCAAAACCAGCUAGCAAUCCUAAAAGUGUUCUAGAUUCUGUACCUUGCUCCACUAGGAGCCCUCUCCAUUUAAAACAGACACCGAGUAUGACAAGAGAAAGAAGGGAUAAUAUCUCUAUAAAUGUCCAUGUGAAUCCAUGCCAUGAAGAACAAUCCGUGUUAACUGCUAUUCCAAUCAAUUCAAAAAGAUGGAAAAUGGACUUUUCAGAAAAACCAAGGGUAAAGCAAGUGGACAUUUGUAACCAGACGAAAGAAAAAAUUCUGGAAUCCAUUUUCUCAUGUGUGUUUCAUCAGUUCCACACUACAAAUCCAAAGAGACAAGUCCCAGCAGAAGCGAUGUUAAAUUCAUCUGUUUUAGAGAAAGCAUCAGAUGAAGCCAGUAUUACAGCAGAUCUUUCUCCAUGUACCAGAGGGAUUAAUGCACAUAUUAGAGGGAGAAAAGAACAUCAAGAAAGUACAUCCGAGGCUCUUCCAACAUGGGCUUCAAGCUCUCUGAUAGAUAAGUAUCAGAUUGCUUCGUCACAACUAACCAAAUCACUAAAGCCAACAAACAGUCGACAAUACACUUUUAAUACAGGAAAGAAGAAACAGAAAGAAAAACAUAGAAAUGAUCAUCUUCCAAAGCCUAUAUCUCAUUCCAAAACAGAUCUACUUCAAAUGACACAUGACUAUUCAACUCCACAGACCAGAAUACCACUAAGAAAAAUGGAUGUGAUAGAUGAAUAUACUCAGCAAAGAAAAAACAGACAGAGUCAAUAUCACUUGCCCAUUUCCUAUGAAAGCAUCAAGGAGAAUACAUCAUGCUCUGAAAAUUAUCCCUGUCAUUGGCCACAUUUAAUGCCAUGGCUGAAGGGAGUGUUAUCUGAAGAAGGUCCUGUUUCAAGCAGGAAAAAAGGACUAGACUUAUGUUUUAAAAAUCAAACAAGUAUAGAAUGCUUUGUUCCACCAAUGGCAAGGCAAAUGAACAAACAAAAUGCAAUGCUGCCUUUAGAAGCAUGCGGUAAAACCAUAAAAUAUUGGAAUCCUUUAUUCUCUAAAGGAAAUCAGUCAUCAGAUAAACCACAGGUCAUUGAGACCAUAUUAAAUAGUAACUCACCCAAGAUAAGAGUUACAAAGAAAGGAGACUUACAUAAGGCCAAAGAAAAGCAAAUAGAAGCAUAUGUACCUAGUAUACUUUUACAUUUUCUCUCAAUCUGUAUACAUCUUUGGCAUGAAAAUAAGAGACAGAACGGUGGCCUAAAAGAGGGAGUUAUGAAAGGUAUACAAUGGCCUGAAAGUAGAGCCCUGAAAUCUGUAUUUUCAGAUACAUUUGGUGCCACUGACUGCGAUAUCCCAAGUGAUGGACUAGAAAUGCAAUGGAACGUCAAAGAUAAAACCAUAACCAUAAAAGAGAGACAUGGUGAUCAAGAUUGGAUUGUCACAAAAAUAGGUGAGCCCAUCCCUUCUUUACCUGACUUCAAAUCAGAUAAAGAGUCAACUGAUGUGAUUAUCUCCAAUAGGAUAAAAAGAAAAAAACAAGAAGAGAACGGUGCAAAGGCAGUAGAAAUGAAAGGAAUAAGGGACUCUGGCAUUAUUUCAAUGACAGAGAAAUCCUCACUGUCGCACGUAAUCGGAGGAAAUGAAUUACCUUCGUUAUUUAAUAUUGUGAAACAAGAGAAAAAGGUACAACUAGGUGAAGGUAAAUUGGAUGUGAAACUGGCAAACACUUGUACUUUCUUACCAUCUCCGUGCCAUGCUAAUUUGAAUUCAACAAUAAAAGAAAGACAGAAUAAAUCAAAAAUAGUUAGGCAUGACCUGCCACCACUGAUGUCCCAGACAUCAUCAAAAGUCAGAGAAGUAUCAUUUUCAGAGUCGGCCAAUCAAAAUAAUUUAAAGAAUGUAAUAGAAGUAAAAUGUCUGCCACAGAGGAAGAAAAAAUGUAAAGAAAAUACAGUCAAUGUAAAAGAUAUAAUGGACCUUGUAUGUAAGACUCUAACAAGGAAAGAGUCACCUUUUAAACACUUACUACAUGGAAAGGAACCACGGCUGAACUACAAAAAACAACGUAAGAUAGUUCAAGAGAAUAAAAAUAGUCCAAGUACAGUUCAGAAUAAACUGCAGGAUUGCGUUCCCUCUUCACCUCGCUUGGAGUGGGAUACUAAAAUAAAUGAAAAUUACAAGCAAGGAAUAACAAGAUUCCAUCCUCCAUCAUCGACACUCCAGAGGUUGUCAGGUACAAUAAGAACACCUAAGGAGCCAACGGAUACUAUUUUAAGCAGCAUGAAAAGAGCAAAAUGUUUGCCACAGAAAGAUAGAGUCAAAAUAGCUCCCAAAGAAAUAAUACAGUCUGAAAGGAUAACUGUGGAGAAGAAGCAAUCUUCAGUAGUGUAUAAAUUACAGUUGAAUACUGAAAAAGAAGAGAGAAGGAUGCAGGAUGAUGAACAAGGAGAGAGUCUGAGUAAAUUUUCCAUCUCUCUUCCACUUUAUUCUGAAGUCAACACAAAAGUAAAAGGAGAAGAAGCUAUGCAAAUGAAGGCAAAAUCAUGCCUUCUACAGCCAAAGCUUCAGGGGUCAUCAGCUAGAGAUGAAAUAACAUGUGCACUCUCUGCAUCUAGUCCUAUCACAAACAGUGUAAUAGAUGCCAUGGAAAAAAUAAUAUACAAAGAAAGGGAGGAUGUAAAAGUGGACGAAGUCGUUCCUUUGAAGAAAAUGGAAUCAUCACGCUUACAGGAAAUUCAGCAAGACAAAAAAGAUCAAGAGAAACAGCAACAAAAUGUGGUUCUAACCAAUUCCCAUGAUUGGAUACCUUCUUCUCAUUUAAAACUGAUUUUGAAGAUAGAAAAAACUAACCAUGGAACUGAAGCAAUGAAGUAUUCUCUUCCAGAACUAACAUGCAAGCUAUUAUCUGAUGAAGUGAGAAAAGCAAGUAAAAAAUCUACCAAGGGUAAGAUCACAAGCACCAAAAACAUAAAAGAAUACAUACUACAAAAAGAAGAGGAUAAAAUAAAAAUAUUAGCCAAGAGAGGCAUAGUAUAUCCAAAAGAUAAAGAUUUGAAAGGAAAUAAAGAGCAAGGGAAAAUGGAUCCACAAGGCAAAACACAAGCAAAAACUGAUGGAGAAGGCAGCAAAGAAAAGAAACGGGAUGGCGAAGAUCAAGAGGAAAUGGAGGGAGAAGGCAGAGAGCAAGGGAAAGUGGAUCUACAAGGCCAAGAGCAAGAGAAAAUAAAUGGAGAGGGUAAAGAACAAGAGGAAUGGAAUCAAGAAGAUAAAGAUCAAGGGAAAGUGAAUCCAGAAAGUAAGAAAGGGCAAAAGCAGACAGAUCCAGAGGGCAAGCCGCAAGGGAAAGCAGAUGCAGAAGGUCAGGGAUCUGGGAAAAGAGGCCCAGGAGGUGAAAAUACAGAGGUAAUUAUGCAUGCACAUUUUCAUCUUGCACCUUCCCAAAUGGAUUGUGAAUUAGACACAAGCAUGAAAGGAGGAGAAGACGUACAAGGAAUAUUAGGAUGUGCCGUUUCACGACUAUAUCACCAGAAAUUGUGUGGUGCGGGCAAGGUGGCACCCGCAAUGUCCAUUGGGUAUGGCAAGUCAAAUGACACCAGCACAACACAAGAGCACCAGCCACAGAAAGGGAAAAUGGUGUGUAUAAAGCAUGGAAGGCACUCUGCAGGCACAAUUUCCAAGGCAAAUCAGUUCCCACUGCCACACGUGCCUCUUAUUGCUAGGCACGGUGGCCGUCCACCCAGCAAAAAGACAAAUGUCAAUGAAAACUUGGGACGUGUGCCAAAGAGAAAAGGUAAACGAGGUGAAGUUCUGACCUUACCUUCUAUUCCCUGCAGUAAACCAGACAAAGGAAAUAAAGCAAGGGAAGACAAACCAGAACUAACAAAAUCCAUUCUCCCCUGUACACGGAACAUAGAAUCGUUGAGUUUAGAGAAACUAAAGUAUAUUGUGUCACCUUUGAUUGACACCUUGGGCAAUUCAAAAAGAACAGAAAACCCAAUAGAAAAAAUACAAGGAGAAAUGGACCCAGGAAUAAUAAAAAGCUGCUUAUCACAUCUUGCGCUCCCGAAAUUAUUGCCUGCAAGACAAACGGCAUCCACAAAGACCAUUGCUAGACAAAAGAGAAACAAAAAAGCAUCACUUCCACUAGAAGAAGACAGAGUACAAACUUUAGCUAGAAAUGACUUGAUACAUCCCGAUGGCACACUUUCCCAGAAAAAUACAUCGACAUCUCCUUUUAUGUCUCUUAUCAGUCAGUACAGUAUUCUGAGCCAGAGAAAGGAACCACCAAGGAGCGGUAAAGAAAGAGAAGGUCAAAUGCAGGAAGAAGCAAGAGCUUCUAAUGUGGGUCUGAAGAAAACUGAUUCUUCCCUGUCAUGUCCUUUGCAAGUAAAACUUCCUGGGUCAUCAUGUGAGGAAGUCUCGUAUGCAGAUGUAAACCAAAGUAUUAGUUCACAAAGUCUAAGAGUAAAAGUAAAUCCACAAAGGCUAUGUGAAGAGGCAAAGGACAGGUUGGAAACAGAAGGCACAAAGUGUGGCAUAGUCUGUCAAAGAACAACUCUGAGAGUAAAGAUACCCCCAUCUGCACAUAUAUUUCAUAGAAAGAUAGUACCUUUGAGUAUUAAGGAGCAAAGAAAAGAAGUUCAAGAGGCUAACAGUAAACCUAGAAUGGUUCUAAAGAAAUCGCCUUCCUUACCUCCUUUGUCUUACUUUAAAUGGGAUACUAAUGUAAAUGAAAGGGAGUGUCUGCGAGAAAGAACACAGUUCUCCUUUCCAUCACUAACAAUUCAGGAUGCUGAGUCCAUGGACACAUUAGAUGGCAACAGAAAAGAACUGCUACAGCCCGUAACACAGGAAGAAGAAAAAGAGAUGCUCCAAAUAGACGUGAAAGACCUUUUGGAUCCAACAAUAAGGAAGUUGUUAUAUUCACAUAUGCUCAGAACUGAAGAGUUGCAAAGGAAAAUCAAAGAACAAAAAAGAAAGAUGCAGGAACAUAAGAACGCACUCAUUUCCAUUCUGGAAGACAGAAUGAAAAAAUCAUCUUUCACACAAUUUCAGUCCAAGAAAUCAUCAGAUAGAGUUAGAAUAGCAUGUCCAGAAACCAUCAAUGAUGGAGAUCUUGCAAAUGAUUUACAAGAAAAGAAUAGAGAAAAAGUUGUAAGAACGAACAGUGUAGCGGUCACCACAGAUAUGUAUUUAAAGACAAAGAAAUCCCCUAUUUUAAAAGCAUGCAAUUUCAGCAGCCUUCAGGGGAAAACUAAAGAGCAAGAGAGAAAGACGCAAGAAGGCAAAAGGGAGCCAAAUUUGACGCCCACUAAGAUCUCUACUGCUGGAUGUUAUCUACCUCUGCUUAGCAUGUGUGCGGGAGCAGGAAUGGAAGAAAAAAGAAGACUAAUGUCAACAAGCUCCUCUCUGCCCACAGCAAAGGACCUGAAAGCAACUGGACAUGACGACAACAUGUAUUUAAAGACAGUUACUGGUGAUGUUCUAAUCAAUCUACAAUGUAGAAAACAACAUAUGCUACAGAAUAAGGAAGAAGAUGAGGGUCAAAUAGGAGAUAUUCCAGUAUUCCCCAAAUAUCAAGAAAUGAAGGGAAAAAAAUGCAAAGAUGAACCAUGUAUGGGUCUUACCAAGCCUGCCACUUCAUUACUGUGUCUGCCUCAGCUCCAGUUACAGAAAAACAUAGAAUUAGGUGACGGAAUGCUAAGACUUACAAGAUCCUUGCUGAGAAUAUUAGAAACAGGAGAAGCAACGCUUUGGGAGACGACUGGAGGAGAUAGCAUGAAAGAGGUUGCCAAUCAACACAUGUUUCAGAAAGGAAAGACAGACAGAAAAGAGACCAUAAAGAAGAGAUGCCCAGAUAUAAUUAUGAAGGGAAAGAAAUCACUUCCUUCCUAUAAGCUCCAUAGAACAGAACUGCAUAUAGAUAUCAAAGGGCACAAGGGAAAUGAACAAGAAGAACAAGAUGAACCACAAGCUCUGAUUCUAAGAAAAAAUCAUCCUUCUAAAUCUUCUUUACCUAACCUUAAGCGAGAUGAAAGUUUACAAGUAGAUGAAGAAAAGAUUGGAAGCAAAACGUCUCUACUUCCAUUAAUAGUUAAAGCAUUCUCUAAUGUGGAGAAAAUAGCAGACACAGAGCCUGUGUAUGGUGAUGCCAGAAAAGGCAAACCAUAUAGGACCCCAAAAGAAGGAGGAUUUGAAAUGACGACCACAGACAUGACAAUCAGGGUACAUUGCAAAGGGCCUGCAAGUUCACCAAUUCCACAUAUUCUUAAUACAAAAGGAUUCGCCCUGAAUAUGAAGGUACGGGAGAAAAAAGUGCACGAUCAUAAGGGUGAACCACAUGUGAUUCUGUCAAAGACUUUCCUUUACACACCGUCAGCAUGUCUCUGUACUCUGGAGUCAGGGGACAAAAUAGACAAAGACGUGAGUGGGAUCUCAGGAGCCUGUUUUCCACAGCUACAUCUCCAGGAAUCAUCAGACAUCAUGGAAACAGCCAAUAGAGAGUUAAUUGAUGGUAAUAAUAAAAACGUUAAAAAAUCAGCACAGAAAGAGAGAGAGAAGCAGUGUAGCUCAGACUUCAUGGACGAUGCCCAGCAAAGGAGUGAACCUUCAAAAGUUAGAUCAGAAAAGGAUGAGAAAAUGUACUUCACUGGAUUUGGUACUAUCAGACACAGGAAACUGCUGGAAUUGCACUUGAUGGCUCAACAGGAGAAUGAACCUGAAAAAUAUAAGAAAGAACAUGGAGCCGCCUUUAACUCCUACCCCGCAACUGCAAACCUGAAAAGACAAAUUGACGUUAGCAAUCAUUCUAGCCAAAAGAGAAGUGGUAAGGUUCCUAUUGCGCUGCCAAGGCAGACAGCCAAGCGAAUGUGUGUCACCUUUGGCACCCCUGUAAGUUUAAAAGGAUUUUCUGUGGCAGAGAGAGAGACCCACCAACAGGAGACGGUAUCCAAAGUAUCUCCAGAAUCCGUGGAUUCAUUAAAAUUGUAUAACCCAAAGAAAGAUGGACAAGGGAGUGAUAAAAUAAUCAAAAUGUUGUCUCCCCAAAAGUUAGGAUCACUUGAAAAAAUGAAUACCACCAAGUUGAUUACCCCUCAAAAACUAGAAAAGCAAGAUACCAUUAUGGAAAAGCAAAUAAUGUUGCAUUCCAAAAGUGGUCACAAGACUAGGUCAAACUCUACCCUUUCUGUUAAGUUUCCAUCUCGGGAUAGGAAGCCGGAGACAACAUUGGAGAUAGAUGUGGACAGGAAAACUACAUUGUACACCAGUCUACCAAUACUACCAGGCGUACACAUGCAGAUCACAGAAUUUAAUGCCCUAAGAAGAAAAGAAGAUCUGACACUGCUUGGUCCAGAACAGGGAGCAUGUGUUCUGGAAUUCCUUCAGAAGUCCCUUAAACCACUCUGGACUUGUCUGUUUCAGUCUGAACACCUAGAGGAAAUAAAGAAGGAAACGAACAAGAUCACCUCUGUCAAUCUGGAACAGCAAAAACAAAUUGAGACUCAAGUAAUCACUCAUACGGAGAACAACUGCCCAGGCCAACAAACACAAGAAAAGGAGCAAGAAUUGUCUGGCAUAAAACAAAACCUCCAACUUCAAGAAUCACUUCAAAGAAAUGUUGUGGAUUCCUUUUGUGCGUCCAUCCCUCUUUCCCUUAAAAGACAGAAAAUAAGACCCACAAGUCUGAAAACAGAGCCGAGGCCCAGUAAGAAAACUGCAAGUUUUGGUUUCACUAGACAAAGUACUCCUAUAAAUAAAAUAGAAUAUACCUUCAAAAGAACACAGAAUACGAUUUUAUGGAAUAAAAAUAGCCCAAGAAUCGUUAUCAGAAACCUUUCCAUUUCCAUGAGACCACCUCAUACAAAAGAACUGGAGACAAACCUAGGAAGUGAACAGAGACCUUGCCUUUCUAAGUUCAAGGAGAAAUCAGCGAACACAAGUAAAAUCAAGAGGGAAACCUUUACAGUUGUAAAAGAAAAACUGAAUACUACCAAUACAAUCCCACAGUAUUCCCAGCCUUAUGUGGUGAAUGAACCACAAACACAGCCACUUCCUCAAGUCAAAGCAGAAGCCAACCUUAAAAACGAAAGAAGUCAAAACAAAUUAACUCCCAGUACAGGAGAAAAGAUUGCUCCGGGGCAAGGUGACAGGAUUAUUAAAAAGCUCAACUUGCAUAUCAUUGAGCAGGAAGACAAGAUACCAAAAUGUAUUCUCUUGCACACAGAGUGUCCCUUUACAUUUGAAGAUCAAAAGACAAUUGCAGAAGCCCAUCUGAAAAGGACCAGGCGUAUGACUAUUAGAGAAGAACCACAGUGUGGAACUCAGCUGCUCAAAACCAGAGAGUACACCUUGCUUCCCCAAGAAAGAGACCCAGGCGGACCCAGCUGUGGUUCCACACGAGACAUUCAGCGGCAAGAAGCUAUUCCAGGGACCGUGCCUCGAAUUCAAAACGAUGAAGUCAAAACACUUGCAGAUGGUGCAGGUGCAGAGCGUUCGUUUCCAAUUUGUGAAGCAAUUAAAACCCUCUGUGACUCCCAUGUCAGAACUAGGAUCCAAGACAAAGUUUCUUCCGACAGACUGGGGAAAUUCCAAGACUAUGAGCCUGCUGACACGACAUCACUGCCAUCUCCAGAGAGUUCACCGGCCUGGCCAACCAUCCCCGAUUCCAAACCCAAAGCCAUUUUGCAAUAUUUUACUCCCGAAGAAAAAAACAAGCUCGCCAAUUACCUUGAUUCAAAAGUUAUGGAAAUAAAAUGCAAUCUGAUGCCAGAGAGAGCAAAAGCCUCCUUCCAGAAGUUUAGCUUUUAUUCUAAAGGGGAUAUUUUAGAAGAGAACAGCUGGAAACUCGAUCUAAGACAGAAGAAUUUGAGUUUUAGGUCCCCAGAAAGGGUUGAGGCUGUUGAACUUAACUUAGAAGAAAAUUACCCAAAAGACUAUCCUCUUCACAGCUGUGUGGAGACGCCGAUUGCUCGUGCUAAGUGUGAUGAUAGACAGCCCAUCCCAAUGCCACGGACUAUUCCACAGCCAGACAGUGGAACAUCUUCCAAAGUGUCAGCUCCGGAUCAUCCAGCGACUCAUGUUCUCCAGAGCUAUUCAGCAAAACAAAGAGAUAAACUCCUCAUGCACCUUUCUAUGAAAACCCUGGAAAUACAGAUGAAAGCCCUGUCCAGAAUUGUUAGAGAAUCCUGUGCGAUGGCCAAUGCCCAGGACAGAAAGAACCCUUCCCCCAGCAGCUGUCUUCACUCUGCUGUCAAAGCGCCAAAGCGGAAAAACAGAAUUUUAUUACUGUUUGAGGAAAAAUCUCUUCAUCAAAUAGACCUGGAUUUACAGUACAAAUACCUCCGCUUUCACCUGGGGCUUUCUGUUGAAAGUACGUUCCGAAAGCCAAAUGCUCUUCCCCAUCGUCCUCUGAACAUGCCCACGAUUUCACCAGGUAAACAAGUAGAUGAGAGCAGAGAGCGUGGUGCUCUUUCCUCCGAUCCACCGAGGUUAGAGCCGCGGAUUCCUCUCGACAAGACAAGUUUCCAGGAGAAUCCAUUACUCUUCACAAAAGCCCUGGAGCCGGUGAAAGCGUGUGCUCUUCCAACCCAGCUACGUGAGGUGCUGCAGAAAGACACUAGAGCCCCUUCCCUGUUAAGACCCUGCGUGACCCCAGAGAAAGAGAAGCGCUAUAGUGUACGCUUUCAAGAACCGAAUACCCAGAAACCUCUCCAUGUAAGAACUCAGGCAAACGCUAGUGGUUUGGAGGAUUCCCAUUCAGCUCAGAUUUCUAACGACUUCUCUCAUCAGAUAAGCACCGAGAGUUCAGCUACCUUGGGGAAAUGCCCGACUUCUGAGGGAAGUGAGGAUGAGGAGUGUACGAUUUUAGCUGGCAUUUUACCCAAGGCUUCCCAGAACAUUAUAUUCGAAUUACAGAAAGACGUUCCUUUGGGAGAUCUCUGCAAGAGGAAAGAAGUGGCUUAUUUGAAGCCAUUGUACAGCCAAGUUUCAGGGGACCGUCAUAAGACGGCUUCUAGAAAACACACCUUAAUAAUGUCCCCAUCUCCUGUUGGAUCUCACAAAAGCGGGAAGUACAGAGCAUCCUCUAAACAUCUAUAUCCGGACAGCUUGUGUCGGAAUUCACCAAACGCUGUGGAAGUUCACUCCGUGCCAUCUGUAUCAUGUAAUGAAGAGAAACCUCCAUGGACGGCAUUGAGCACAGCAAAUCCCUCUUCCACUUCCUCCUUGGAAUCAAAUAUUCCGUUACAUCCUGGAAAAAAACACCACAUGCAUCCAGAAAGCAAAGGAAGAAAGAAGACCACAUUUGACGUAUUUCGAAAGCACAGUGAGCCCCAUCAGCCCCCUAGUAUAGAGAAACACAUAAGAAGGAAGGAAGUCCAUGAUUAUGAGUCAGAAAGACUGACCUCUUCCCAAAGCAAAGAUGGACCAGCAACAAAACUUCAUCACAGGGGCAUCAACUUCAGUUCAGAGAAACUACAGCAACCCUUUUUCUACGCGUGUAUGCCUGCAGACACGUUAGAGGUUGUACCCCAGACUGUUCGCUGGACUAUUCCCUCAAGAACCUUAAGGAAGAGAAACUUCAAAGUGCCCCUGGUGGCAAAGAUUACGAAUUCCUGGAAGAUGUGGGGUUCACCAAGAUAG